CUAUAAUAUUUUUCCCAACACAGGAUAUCAAGAAAAUAGAGAACAACGCCAAGGCUAUCAACAUUCUUUAUUGUGCAGUAAACCCGGAUGACUACCGGAAGAUCUCUUGUUGUUCCACCGCCAAGGAAAUGUGGGACAAGCUAGAAAUCACAUAUGAAGGUACGGAUCAAGUCCGAGAAGCUAAGAUAGAUUUUCUAACCCAUGCAUAUGAACUAUUUCAUAUGAAGGAGAACGAGAAAAUCGACGAUAUGUUUGAACAAUUUUCAAAAAUCGUAAACGAUCUUCAUGCUCUCAAGAAGACAUAUACAGACAAGGAGCUUGUAAGAAAAAUCUUGCGGAGUCUCACACCAGAAUGGCGCUCCAAAGCCGGUGCUAUCCAAGAAUCUAUCGGCAUCACCAGUGUCACCAUUGACGGGCUUAGAGGUAACCUCAAAACCUAUGAGUCUACCAUUCUUUACCCCUCUUUAGGUGAACAAAAGAAGAAUGUGAUUGCACUCAAGGCGUCUACAAGUCAAGAACGUGAUGUGGAGGACUCGAGUGACAAAGACGAGUUCGGGAUCGUGCUCAAGAAAUUCCAUAAGUUCAUGAGCCAAGAGUAUGAACGGAAAGGAAAGAAGCAAGGAAGUCCACCCAAAUGCUAUGGGUGUGGAGAAGUUGGGCAUAUAAAACCAAAAUGUCCAAACGCCAAGAACAAGAAGAAAAUGUUCAAGAAGCACCGAGCCUACAUCUCAUGGGGAGGUGAUUCCGGCGACGAGUCAUCGGAAGGCGAAGAAAAUGAGAGCGCCAACCUUUGCCUCAUGGCACACGAGGAACCACCAGAAGAGAUCUCUUGCUGCUCAACCGCCAAAGAGAUGUGGGAUAAACUUGAGGUGACGUACGAAGGAACGGACCAAGUACGUGAAGCCAAGAUUGACUUCCUCACCCAAGAAUAUGAGAUGUUCAGGAUGAAGGAGCACGAGAAUAUCGAUGAUAUGUUCGACCGUUUUUCCAAGAUAGUCAACGAUCUUCAUGCAUUAAAGAAGACUUACACCGACAGGGAUCUUGUGCGAAAGAUCCUACGAAGCUUGACAUCCGAAUGGCAAUCCAAGGCCGAUGCCAUAUAUGAGUCAAUCGGCACAUCAACUGUCACCAUCGACGGUUUAAGAGAUGGGUUCAAGGCUUAUGCCGACCCACAUAUCAUUGAGGGAAGAACCCUAAAACAAGAUGACAUCCCGGUUCCCGUUCUUGAACUUAUUCAAGAACAAGGGCGUCAAGGAGUCUCCACCUAUUGCAAAAAGGGGUGGAUUACCGACUCACGAGACUUUAACUCCGAUUCUUGCCUCCGGGUGCUUAAUAACAUUACCCUUGACCAUGUCUUUGAGGACCCGCACUACUUUCUUCGUAGGCCAAAUGUCCAAGACUUACCCGCAAAUAGGUUCAUCCUUCUCAAAAUCCUCAAAGAAAAUGUCAUCCCGGUCCUUAACAAAGAUAAACAAGUUGGGGUUUAUGAAUGCACUCUCUUAUAUUGGCUCCCCACUCACAAGAAAAUCAAUCUCCCUUCCAUCAUCUUAAAACACAUGUCCGAAUGCUCCGGUCGCCAAAACAAACCCUAUGGCAUGCUUCUUACCCACAUGUUUGCCAAGAGGGAAAUUCUUGAGGUGCGCCCUUCUCGUGUCCGCUAUCUUGAUGCGGAGUGCCUUGGCUAUUGUGACCUUGUAAAAAUUGGAGAGGAGUAUUACAUGAAGAAGGAGUUUCAAAAUCUUGAUGAAGCGACACGAGCGGAGUAUGGUCCUCGGCGUUCCAUGUCAUAUUUGCCUUCCACUUCACGAGCACCCCGAGCCGUAGCCGAAGAAAAUGCAAACACGGAGGUCCCCGUUCGUGCUCCUCGAGUCAAACGCUCAAAGUUGGCGUCUCAUGCUUCCUCAACCUCUCUCUUACAACGUCACUCCCCCAUGGCCUCCACUUCAAAAAAUCCUUUCAAGAAGUUCAAGAAAUUCAUUCUCAAGACCGUGGUGGCUCCGAUGAGGAAACUUCAGGAAAGCCUCGAUGACCUCUCAGAUCGGAUGAAGAAGAUGGAGGACCGUGAGAAUCGCCAAAAGCAAAAUGAGGAUCGUGCUUCUAGGGUAAAAUGUGGAGAUAUCUCCACUGAUGGUGGUGAAUAUUUCAUUCCCAACAACGAAUGGGUUGUGAUCGAUGAACAUGGGAUAAUUAAUCUGCGAUGCCAUGCCUCACGACAGCCAACCAUCCACUUUGCUCCUCCCAAGAAUAGGCUGCUUCGCAACAUUGUGAGCCGGAUUCUCAAGCCCCAAGAUGGUAGUCACACCAUCAUGUCAAUGGAAAACCUCAAACUCAUCUACACCAUCAUCCAUGUCGCGCUGGUGAACUGGGCAAAGUUCAUCAUGAUCCACAUGACGCCGCCUCCAUCGGUCAUGACCAAUUCCUACCCUACACCUUCCUCGUCAUGGAGAUUCUUGACAAUCUUGAUGUCCUAGUCAUUGUUGGCGCCUUCUCCAAGGCCAGUAAACUAUGGACGUUUAG